AUGACUCUCACUGGUUUAGUAGCUUCAGAUCUAAUCGAGAAAGCCAUUGCAGCACCAGUAGACGUAGUAUCAUUUCCUAAUAAGGAGAAGGCAGAAGAAGAACCAAAGUGGCCUUUUGAGAAUUCCAUUACUGAAGUUAUUUUGGCGAAAGGAGCAACAUGGAGGGUGGUAUAUCUAAGCCGGAUAAAACCGAAUUCACAGAAUGCUGGAGAACAACUUGGAAAACUCCUUAUAUUAUGCGACUUGCUUUAUCGGCUGGCAUCGGUGGCCUCUUGUGUUAUUUCUGGUGCAUCACUUUACAUUCGAGACGACUUCAAAUCUGUUGACAGGCACACAUGGUUGCAGGAAACAAUUGUGAGCAUGGCUGUAGCAGGAGCUAUUAUUGGUGCUGCUGUUGGUGGUUGGAUCAAUGACAAGUAUGGUCGAAAAAAAUCUAUUCUUCUAGCCGAUAUCUUGUUCUUUUGUGGUGCAAUAGUCAUGUGCGCUGCUCCAGCGCCAUGGAUGAUAAUCCUUGGGCGAAUAUUAGUUGGUUUGGGAGUGGGGAUGGCUUCCAUGACAGCACCCCUUUAUAUUUCUGAAGCUUCUCCUGCUAGAAUUCGAGGAGCAUUAGUUAGCACAAACGGUUUGCUAAUUACAGGAGGACAAUUUUUAGCAUAUCUUAUUAACUUAGCAUUCACCAAGGCACCUGGAACCUGGCGAUGGAUGCUUGGGGUAGCAGGAGUUCCGGCCGUCGUUCAAUUCAUUUUAAUGUUGUCACUUCCCGAGUCUCCCCGAUGGUUAUAUAGACAGGACAAGGUUAAGGAAGCUAGGGCUAUUUUAGAGAAAAUUUAUCCUCCGAAUGAAGUCGAGGAUGAAAUGAAUGCUCUACAAUUAUCUAUUGAAGAGGAGAAGGCUGAGGAAGGUUCGAUCGGUGACAACGUCCUUUCCAAACUAAAGAGUGCGUGGGGUAACGUAGUUGUGCGUCGGGGCCUAUAUGCAGGUAUAACCGUUCAAGUUGCUCAACAAUUUGUGGGUAUAAACACCGUCAUGUACUAUAGUCCCACGAUUGUUCAGCUGGCCGGAUUUGCUUCAAACAAGACAGCAUUGGCACUUUCUCUGAUCACAUCCGGUCUUAAUGCUGUCGGCUCCAUUGUUAGUAUGUUUUUCGUUGACAGAUUCGGGAGGCGAAGAUUGAUGAUUAUCUCUAUGUUUGGAAUUAUAAUCUGCCUUGUCACAUUAUCUAUCAUGUUUUAUGAAACUUCAAUUCAUUCUCCACGAGUUAACAGCCUUGAAUCCCUUCACUUUGGUAGAAAUUCCACAUGUCCAAGUUUCUUACAAGCCCCUGAUGCAUCAUCUUGGAACUGCAUGUCGUGCUUGAAAGCCUCGUCCCACUGUGCCUUUUGUGCUAAUGGAGAUAACAAAUAUCAUCCUGGAGCAUGCUUGGCUUUAACAGAUGCUAUACGAGGUUCAUGUCGUCAAGAACGUCGUACUUGGUACACGAAAGGUUGCCCUUCCAAAUUUGGUUUUUUUGCAGUUCUACUUCUGGGACUAUAUAUUAUAUCGUACUCGCCUGGAAUGGGAACAGUCCCAUGGAUUGUGAAUUCUGAAAUAUAUCCAUUGAGAUACAGAGGGUUGGGUGGAGGAAUCGCAGCAGUUUCUAAUUGGGUUUCUAAUCUGAUAGUGAGCGAGACAUUCUUAACACUAACAGAAGCUCUUGGUUCUGGUGGCACAUUUCUUUUGUUUGCUGGUUUCUCGUUUCUUGGACUUGUCGCUAUAUUUUUCCUAGUACCUGAAACAAAAGGAUUGCAAUUUGAAGAGGUAGAAAAGAUGCUGGAAAAGGGCUUCAAACCAAGGAUUUGUUGCUGCAACAAACCAGAGGAGGAGGAUACAAAGUAA